GACAGCCGCCUGGUCCGCAGUUGCUGCGGGCAGGCCCAGGAUUUACCCAUUGACCCUGACCUGCGGGUCUGCAUACGGACGAAGCGCAUUUGGCUGGCAUUGAGCAUCGCGGUGAAGCAGCGUGGGCUAGAGCUGUAUCUAUGGGAGGUCCUAUUAUUGUGCACCCUCUCCAUGGCCAUACGCUGCGUGCCGGGCCCGAAGUCCGGACGCUUGAGGAGGUGCCUCAGGACGUGCUGCAGCUCAUCGUCUCGCGUGUGAUGACCGCCCAGGAGCUGUGCGUACUGCAGUGUGUCAACAAGCGCUGCAGGGAUGCGGCUGGUGCGGACGAGCUGUGGAAGCGGCUGUGCAUCUCACGCUUUGCGGUGCCCGAGAGCUGUUCACCGCCAUCGUGGAAACAGCUAUACCGGUUUAAUUAUGAGUUCUUGUAUAAAGUCUUGCUAUCGCGCAGCGCGGAGCAGCUGUCCUCUGGCUUCCCCCGAUACGGGAGCGGCGCCCGCUUCGUGGGCAUGGGCAUCGCUAUCAACGCCUGAAAGGUAUCAAAAGGAGCGGCACGAGAAAAUCGCUGAAACAGCUAUGUGCAAAAGCAGUGAAGUAGUGGAAAGUGCGAACAUGAGAAGAUUUGAGUGAAGGUGCCAGGGGUAACCGUCUCAUUGACCUGGCUGUCCCAGUGUUCCUUCCCAUUUAUACGUAUCUGCUGAGCGGGUGAUGAGUACCGUGGCUGUUUUGUAAACCAAGCUUCCAAGCGCAUGCGAGUGGAAGGUUUGUAAGUUGUACAAGCAGAACUGCAUCAGAGCGCGUGAAUUUGCAUGCAGCUCGUUGUCCUGUACUUUAGACGGCGCGACGCUGCAUUUGAUCUCGUUUAAUAGUAUGAAUGCAGUCGAGGUGUUUGGUGGAGUGUCAGCGGUCGUGGUUGUGACUUACGUGCCUAAAUCGGACGCGGUUCUGGAAUGCGCCAUGCAAAGUGUGUGCAGCGCUAGAUGACGGUCUGUCGUACUCUUGGUAAGUGGAAAACGUUUGAAGUUGUGAGACGCCAUUUGUCGUGGUUAAAAAGUGCGGUUU